AUGUGGCACUGUCAUGGUUCAGAAGGUGAUAGUGAUACUGAAAGAAUCUCGAAUCUUUCGUAUCCAUGGAGUUUAAAACCUCUGAUUACAAGAAAGAGUGAAGCUAGCAGCGCUCUACAUGCACCGAGCAAAGAAGGAGACGUAAUGCAUUCCCAACAUUUGAAGUCCUUUACGUUAGACGAGCUAGAGAAUGCUACAGGAAACUUCUGUCCAGAGAGUCUCAUUGGAGGAGGGUUCGGGUUUGUUUACAAGGGUUGUAUUAAUGGUGGACCUCGAAUCGACCUCGCUGUUGAUGUUAAGAAGCUUAAAACUGAAGGGUUUCAGGGCCACAAGGAGUGGCAGAGGGAAGUGUAUUAUCUAGGGAGAUUGCAUCAUCCAAAUCUGGUGAAAUUUAUUGGCUACUCCUUGGAAGACGAGAACAGUCUUCUUAUCUAUGAGUAUAUGCCUAAUGGAAGCUUGGAAAAUCAUUUGUUUGAAAGAGGUUCCAAUGUGUUUUCUUGGUCACUACGUAUGAAAAUCGUGAUUGGUGCUGCCCGAGGACUAUGUUUCUUGCAUGAUGCUAAAGACCACGUCAUUUAUAGAGACUUCAAAGCAUCAAAUAUCCUUCUCGAUUCAGGAUUCAACGCCAAACUCUCAGAUUUUGGAUUGGCCAGAGAAGGUCCAAAAGAUUAA